GGGCGGAAGACAGACCAGUUCCUAUCGCUUUCUUUCCUCUCUUGCUUCCCCCCACUGUAUUUUGCUCGUGGUUUGCAUAUUUGAAACCUUUGGACUUCUUCCUCUCCCCACCACUGAAGUCUUCCCGUUUCUAAAUGGAAUUAGUGGAGAUUGGAGCCUCUGGUGUAACGCACAGACAUGAUCUAUGGACGCAGUUUGUUUCACAUUAUAGCAAGUUUAAUCAUCCUCCAUACCUCUGGGGCAGCCAAGAAGGGAACAGAAAAGCAAAUCACUUCAGAAACACAGAAGUCAGUACAGUGUGGAACCUGGACAAAGCAUGCAGAGGGAGGUGUCUUUACCUCUCCCAACUAUCCCAGCAAGUAUCCCCCAGACCGAGAGUGUGUCUACAUCAUAGAAGCUGCCCCACGGCAGUGCAUUGAACUUUACUUUGAUGAAAAAUACUCUAUUGAACCAUCUUGGGAGUGCAAAUUUGAUCAUAUUGAAGUUCGAGAUGGACCUUUUGGCUUUUCUCCAAUAAUUGGACGUUUCUGUGGACAACAGAAUCCACCUGUAAUAAAAUCCAGUGGAAGAUUUCUGUGGAUUAAAUUUUUUGCUGAUGGAGAGCUGGAAUCAAUGGGAUUUUCAGCUCGAUAUAAUUUCACACCUGAUCCUGACUUUAAGGACCUUGGAGUUUUGAAACCAUUACCAGUGUGUGAGUUUGAGAUGGGCGGUCCUGAAGGAAUUGUGGAGUCCGUACAGAUUCUGAAGGAAGGCAAAGCUUCUGCCAGUGAGGCUGUGGAUUGCAAGUGGUACAUCCGAGCCCCACCCCGUUCCAAGAUUUACUUACGAUUCUUGGACUACGAGAUGCAGAAUUCAAACGAAUGCAAAAGGAACUUCGUGGCUGUGUAUGAUGGAAGCAGCUCGGUGGAGGACUUGAAGGCCAAGUUCUGCAGCACGGUGGCCAAUGAUGUGAUGCUACGCACAGGCCUCGGGGUGAUCCGUAUGUGGGCAGAUGAGGGCAGUCGUAACAGCAGGUUUCAGAUGCUCUUCACAUCCUUUCAAGAACCUCCGUGUGAAGGCAAUACGUUCUUCUGUCACAGUAACAUGUGUAUUAACAACACGCUGGUCUGCAAUGGGCUCCAGAACUGUGUGUAUCCCUGGGAUGAAAAUCACUGUAAAGAAAAGAGGAAAACCAGCCUGCUGGAUCAGCUGACCAACACCAGUGGGACAGUCAUUGGCGUGACUUCCUGCAUUGUGAUCAUCCUUAUUAUCAUUUCUGUCAUUGUACAGAUCAAACAGCCUCGUAAAAAAUACGUCCAAAGGAAAUCAGACUUUGACCAGACCGUUUUCCAGGAGGUGUUUGAACCUCCUCACUAUGAGUUAUGCACUCUCAGAGGGACCGGAGCUACAGCUGACUUUGCAGAUGUGGCAGAUGACUUUGAAAAUUACCAUAAACUGCGGAGGUCAUCUUCCAAAUGCAUUCACGACCAUCACUGUGGAUCACAACUGUCCAGCGCAAAAGGCAGUCGCAGUAACCUCAGCACAAGGGACGCUUCCAUCUUGGCAGAGAUGCCCACGCAGCCAGUCAAGCCCCUCAUCCCACCUGUGAACAGAAGGAACAUUCUUGUCAUGAAACACAACUACUCACAAGAUGCCGCAGAUGCCUGUGACAUCGAUGAGAUCGAGGAGGUGCCCACCACGAGCCACAGGCUGUCCCGACAUGAAAAAUCCGUCCAGCGGUUCUGCCUCAUUGGGUCUCUAAGCAAACAUGAAUCUGAAUACAACACAACUAGGGUCUAAAUCGGAAAUUCCAGACUGCUUGAGAAUAGUGCGUUCCUGGGUGAUUUUGAACAUGCUGCAGUGAAAAGUCGAAAUGUGGAUCAUGGAAACACCAGCUAGAGGUUCAAUGGACUAUAAACACCUGUUAUUUUAUUAUGAUUAAAUGCAGUAAAAUGUAAUGAGUAAAAACUAGAUUGCAAUAAGACAAAUCCCUCCCUCUUUAUUUUGCAUUUUUGGUCUUUUCUAUGUCCCCCUGAUUUCCUUUUUGUUUCAUGUCAAGGGAAGAUACCGAGUUUAGAAUUUUUUUUUUUUUUUUGAAAUCCGGUAUUUUACCAUUCACACUCUACAAUAGAAUUUGUUUGAUUAAGCACUUAGCAAUAUGAGUGAAUUGACAGUUUGAGAAAAUACCCUGCAUGUCAGUACUGGAUACUUGGGUUGGAAAAAUGCCCUCUUUAUUAGACACAUUGUAAAAAGCAUGCAUUCUCAAAUAUUGCUGUUACUCUUCCAUUUCUUUGUGUUAUAUGCUUGCUAAUUGUAACUUUUAUAUAAAUAUAUAUAAAGUGUAUGAUAAUUUCCUAAUUUGAGUUAAGAGGAAUGUUUUCUUCUUUUGGAAUGAGGAAAAACUCGAGAUACAUGAGCACAUGAUUUAUUUGUAUCAACUCUUCCCACCUGGUAUAUUACAGGAUGUUCAGGGUGUUCUUUAAUAUUGAAACAUACUUCCCCAAAUUUUUUAUUUCUAACAUAUUAUGAAUAGGCUCUCCUUUUAGAAGAGUCUUUGUAAGUGCUUCAAAAUCACAAACUAUUUUAUGACUAAACUACACCAUUUAGACUUACUCUUUAACUAAACACACAUAUGGUACCUGGAAGUUUAAUAGUCCCGAGUUUCAUACAGUAAGAUUAAAAUCCAUAUAAUGCAAAGAAGGUCUGUUGAAUGGUAUAGGCACUCCACAAAUAUUGAGCAGAUAGUUUAAAAAUAUUGAAUGUGUGUUCUCAGAAAAUUAACUUUAAAAAAUAUAAUUGCUGUUGAUCUGCUUGCAUCAUCAAAAUAACUGAAUUCUCAAGAAUAAAUAGUCCUGAACCUCAGUAGCAAAGAAAUAUGGUCUACAAUUUUAGCCUGCAGCUAAAAACUCCAAAUGGAUAACCAUCAUCAUACAUCCCUGAUAGGAAGUCAUUCUCUUACAUAUUGAAGUAGCAACAACAAAUUAUUGUUCUGACACGAUGAAUAAUAUUUUUUCAUUUUAAUGAUACAUAUUUAUAUAAACCACUCUUAUUUGGCUAGCUUAUUUAUUUAUUACCAUACUUAAUGUUAUGCCCAUUAAUUCAAAGUUGGAUCCCAAAGACUAUUUUUAAAUGAUUAUCCAUAUUUUUUUAAUUAGCUGUAUUUCACAUUAUUUCAUCUCUUUAGGAAUUCUCACAAGGCAUUGUCUCCUUUGAAUGAAUAACCUUAAAAACAUGAUAUAUAUGUCAAGACUUGUUUUAUUUAUAACAAGGAAGACAAGAAGACAAACUGAGUGAAUGGAUCCCCAUUCAUCUGUCAUGUAGCAAUUUUUAGGAUGUCAAGGUUUCCCCGUUUUUCCAGGUAUACAAAAAGCUACUGAUCUGCUUGUUUUCUGCUUAAGAUGCAUUUUACCACAUAUUCACUUAAUGGAUACUUCUGUUUGACACCACAUUGAAUUAUGUGCAAUGAUAAGGACAAA